AUGGUGUCGCCAGCGCUGAAGACGAUCGCCUACCGGGGCUUGCUCCCGGCAGCCCUGGUCAUCGCCGCCUUCAUUCGGCCGUCAUUUUUGUCGCUGAUCUACCUCAUUUUGGCUCUCGUGGGCCCGAUAUUGCCUUCGACUACGGGUGGAACGCCUUUAAAUGCUCCGGCAAAAAUUUACGCGUACCUCGCCUUCUUGAUCUCAACACUUGCUGCUUUUGCGCAAAUCGCAUUUCAGAUUUACAUUGGAGCCCAGGACGGCCAACAGAGCACUAGCGACUGCGAUGACGAGCUUUAUCGCUGGCUACGACAAGCUGGCUUUAUUCGGCAUUUCAGCAACAUGGGCUUCGACACCAUCCGCGGCUACAUGCCGGAGGUCAUUGCAUUUGCUUUUGCAUUCCUGAACCUGAUCGUGGUACAAUGUAUGGGACACAGUAUAUUUGUUGAGCACCCCGCGAGCGUACACGUUGUCAGAAGCGGUAGCAGCCACCUCACCCAAAGGAGCAACAUCGAAGCGUUCUCCCGGGCGUUGCUCAUCGCCCUGAAGCGUCUUUCCAAUGCCGUUCUUUUUGUAUUGGUUGCUUUUGCGGGUUGCAUCCAGCCUUCCCUGCUCAACAGCGUCUACUUCCUCACUUUUAUGGCAAUGGCAUCCUGGUGGUCGACAUACAAGGGCAUCAAGCACUCCAUAUACAACCGAGUCAAAAUUGGACUUUUAAUGUACAGCGCGGCUCAUCUCAUCGUCGUCUACACCUAUCAGAUUCCGGAAGUUUCCAAAUUGCUCCCCGAAGAGGAUACAGCGGCAAGACUGAUCGGCCUCUCUUCGGUUCUAAAGACCGAUUGCGAAGACUCGAUGCACGUCUACGUCAACGACAAAAUCACGUGGAAUGUUGCUUUGAAUCCGUUGGUGAUUAUCGUUUUCUACCUCCUGCUCGUGAUCCAGCUCUGCUGGACGAGAAACGGAACGCGCCACUAUUUGGACGAUGACGACACUGGCUCCUCAAUUCACGAAGAGCACCCGCUUGUCGUCGAACGCGGCACGGAGACGACGCUCGUCGGCUCAUCAUCGAGCAGCACAUCACCAGCUAACCCGGGCCCGUCGAACGCCUCGCCCCCGAGGCUGCUCGACACGGAGGAGCGCGUGGGUCCACAAGAACAUGUGCCGAUGCGCAAGAUCACCAGCCAGAUCAUCGACAAGCAGAAGAUUUCGCACAUUUUUAAUUCCCCCGGCGAACGUCAAGGCACCGCGUCGCAGGGCCUGAUCACCGCCAUCGGCUUCUUCGUCGAGCACUCCUACGUCUUUGGACUCAUGGCGAUGAUGGUAUGGGCCCUGCUGUACCACUCGACGUUCGGGCUGACGCUGCUCGCCUGGGCGUGCAUCAUCUGGAUGUUCCGCGACACGAGAAACGUCUCGUUCACGUGCUCGCCCUUUAUCUUGGCGUACGUCGAGUUCCUGCUCGUCGUCCAAUACAUCUGGAGCAUGGACCUGCCCGUGUUGCCGACCGUCAACGUCGAAGGCGGCACCGCUGACGUGUUGGCCAUGAUCGGCUUUAUCAAAUACACCGGAUCGGACGUAUUUAUCGUCACUUUUGUAAAGGUGAUUCUCAGUCUUCCGAUCUUCUUGCUCCACCGCCUCAAGCGUCGCGACGUCUACUACAGCCGACUGACCGAGCACGAGAAGCAGCGCCGUCUGAAUUACGGUACCUUUGGCAGUCAUCGGCCGUCGGUGAGCGCGAGUGCACAGACCCAGCACUCCUCCCGCUCAGCGGUUGCCGUCAAUUGGCUCAGCCGCCUGCUCACCGUCUACUGGAUCGUGCUCGUUGCCGUUGUCCUCCUCCUCCAGGCCCUCACCGACCGUUCCAGCUUCAUCAACAUCGGCUUCUUCGUGCUCUGGACCCUCGGCGUGCUCCAGUUCAAGCUUUCGUUCCGUUUCUUCCGCGGGACCGCGUACGCCUACUGGUCGCUGCUCGUCCUCUACACGUCCCUCGUGAUCAUCGCCAUCUAUGUGUGGCAGUUCAAGAAUUUCCCUGAACUAAUCGGUUGGUCGGACAGCUGGACCCGCGACAUUGGCCUCAUCCACUACGCCCAUGAUCAGACAAACAAAUCGCUCUUUGUCCGUCUACUCGUGCCCAUCUCGCUGUUUGUGGUGACGAUGCUGCAGCUCAAGUUUUCCACGACCCUGGGCCGAUGCCGUGCAGCCCCCGUCUCCCUAUCGACGCGAUUGUCCCGGAUAGCCGAAGUCGUCAUUGAGCUGCUAUGGCGGGCCGUCGAGGUGCACAUUGCCAAGAUCGUCUUCCUCAUCAUCAUCUACAUAGCCAGCAAAAACAUCUGCGCGAUGUACAUGCCGGUGGUAAUCCUAGUUGCCGUCGGCCUCCUCCUACCAGCGGAGCCUCUGGACUGCUCGCUAAACUUCAUCGACGCCACGUGGUUCGGCAACGGCACCGAGUGCAACGCCUCCGACCCGCAGCCGACCCCCUUUGAAUGGUUUGGCUUCAAGAAGCACGAGGACACGGGCUCAAUGUUUGCCGAGCUUGGCGGCCUCGUCGUCUCCAUCGUUGCCCUGACCGCCCAGUCCGUGGUCAUCUACCGACAGCGAGCCCGCCGGAUCAGAUGGAUUUGGCCGCUCUUCCUGCUCUAUCUGUUAGUGAUCCUACCGCUUCCAAUAUGCCGUCUACGUCGGAUUCCCGCCCAGCCUUUGCAUACCCUAUCCAUGGUCGAUGCUGUUCGACAACGCUAUCAAGUCGAGGAACCUGCGGUUGGCUCGGGUUGGCCGAUUACGACAUCCACUGGACGUGCCAACAUUUUGCCGAUUUCUUCCUGCUGCUCUUCGUCUCUUACCGAGUACUUAUCA